AUGGCUGAUCGGAGGCGAAUAAAUGGUCCGGUUGGCACAACGGCGCCUCCAGUGUACGAUACGCCCCAAGGAAAGAGAGCCGUGGCACGAUCGGGCGAUAAUGCCGUCCGAAAGAUCUUCCUGAAGACUGGUGUCACUCCUUCGGCUUCUGGAUCAGCAUAUUUGGAAGUCGAAGAUCCAGCUGCGAACCGCCCGUCAGGUACAAGCCUGAAGCUCACCUGCACUGUCCAUGGUCCUCGAGCCCUUCCACGAUCAGCGCCUUUCUCUCCUCAUAUCAUCCUCUCCACACAUGUCAAGUAUGCACCGUUCGCAACGAGACAAAGACGAGGCUACCUACGCGACUCGAGCGAAAGAGAUUUAGGGGUUCACCUAGAAACAGCGUUACGAGGCGCAAUUAUUGCAGAUCGCUGGCCCAAGAGCGGCGUUGACAUUGUCGUCACUAUAAUCGAAGGCGACCAGAACCGCGACUCCCUAGAGUACGACAGAGACGAAGGCUGGGAUAUGAUGAAUGUCCUAAGCGGUUGUAUAACCGUUGCUUCGGCUGCUAUCGCGGAUGCUGGUAUCGACUGUGUGGACACUGUGGCGGGAGGUGUUGCGGCCAUGGUAGCCAAGGAUGCGAAAAGCGAGCCUAGCAUCGUUCUCGACCCAGAUGUUGCUGCAUAUCAUAAGAUUUUUGCGGCGUGCUGUGUUGCAUAUCUACCGACGAGAGAUGAAGUAACCAAUAUCUGGUUCAAGGGUCAGUUACCCUCCUCAGACGCUAUGAUAUACCACAAAAUGGUUGAGCGAAGUCUUGUGGCAUGUCGAAGCGCAAACCGCGUUCUCGUUCAGGCCCUUGACGAGACCGUCCGUCAGGGACAAAUUUCGCAAAACCCAUCCUGA